AUGUCGCAUCCAGUGGAAUUGUGUCUUUACUCCUAUCUGGUGGCAGAACAGCUCAUUAUAGAUUCUGAAACUGCAUAUGAACAUGAGGCUUCUAAUGUCUCUUCAGAUCAAGAUAAAGGUAAAAUAAAGAGAUUUGCUAAUUGGAUACUCGAUGUUGGAAAUGAAAUUUUUGGUUCUGUUGUUGGUGAUGAAUCAAAAGUGAAAUUUCCAGAUGGUCUAUUGAUUACAACUACUGAUGACCCUCUCUCUCUCAUUUGGUAUUUUCAGAGUAGAGUGAUUCUUGCACCCACGCUUGAGAGUGUCGAGAAGGUAAACGAUUUCGCAAUCGUCUUGACAAUCUUUCCAAUGAUGGAAAAUGAGUAUUUGAAUUCUGAAACAACAUGUCAAGAUGAUAAGAAUGAAGAUAUACAAAAAGAGUGGUUCACACUAGAGUUCCUAAAUGACAUCAAAUGUUCGGGACUACCAAAUCACAAGUUGACUUUGAAACUAGGAGUCACUGUAAUGCUACUGCGAAACAUAGACCAAACAUCAGGUUUAUGCAACGGGACAAGAUCAAUAGUUAACAAACUUGGUAGCAACAUAAUUGGAGCGACGGUAGUGACCGGUAGAAAUAUUGGAGAUAAAGUGUACAUUCCAAGAAUGAACUUAAUCCCUUCAGAUUCAGGGUUGCCAUUUAAGUUCUAA